CAACACAAAUUUGACGCCACGCCAUUUUGUUAGAUGCAACAUGGAUUUGUAGAAUCCAACAACAGUUUAUCGUGUGAGAACUAUGACUUUUUACUGUAAACUACAUCGAUCAGCAAAUUAUAGUAGUCGUUGCACUUUCAUGUUAUACUAAAUCAUGUGAAUAAGCAAGUUAUGUGUAAAUAGUGGAAAUAAGUACCGGCGUCUACGAGAUUUUCUAGUUGUACUUCAAUUCAUUUAUUUUGGUGGUUUUAUUUAAUUUUCGGAACGAAGGAAAAAACUUGGCUCUAUGAUGAUGUAUACGGGCACAACCACUGAACAGGACAACCGCUUUAGCGAUAAGGAGAAGAAACUUCUUAAACAAAUGAAAUUUAGCGAUUGCUUGAGUCAGAGGGUUGAUAUGUCCAAAAUUAAACUCGAUGUAAUCAAACCAUGGAUUCAGGACAAAUUAACUGAGAUUUUAAAAAUCGACGACGAUGUCGUGGUCGAUUUUGUAUAUAAUCAAUUAGAUGAAAAGUUUCCUGAUCCAAAGAAAAUACAAAUCAACCUCACUGGCUUUCUUCAUGGGAAAAAUGCGCGGGAGUUUAUGGCGGAGUUGUGGGCGUUACUCAUAUCAGCACAGGAAAACCCUUCAGGCAUACCGGACUCACUUUUAGACAUGAAACGGGAAGAGCUAAUGAAAAAAAAGGAAAAAGAAGAAAAAGACCGCGAAAACAGGGACAGGGAGCGAGAAAAAGAACGAGAAAGGGAAAAGUCAGAAAAGGAAAAGAAAUACAGGGACAGGGACAGGGACAGGUCUAGGUCUAGAAGACAGUCAAGAUCGCGAUCGCGACCCCGGAGGCGCUCCAACGAAAGGUCCAGCAGGAACAGCGACAGAGGCAAGGAUAAAAGAUCAAGGAGUCGUUCAAGAUCAAGGAUCAAACUCGAUGACCCCAGGAACAAUGGUAACGCAAGCCCAAAUGAACGUGAGAACAAUGGCAGGGAAGAGUCUGUGAAGCUGGAAAGUAAUACUGCCAAUUCUAAACACAAUUUAGAAAGUUCCCAGCCAGUUUCAAAGCUUCAAGCGAAGUUGAUGUCCAUGGCCGGCAGUAACGCCAAACAGCCGCAGCAGCAACACCAGUCACGGUCACGUUCCAAGUCGCUCUCCCGGUCCCGGUCAAAGUCACUAUCACGCUCUAAGUCACCCAGCAAGUCACGCUCGAGGUCCCGCUCAUCUAGUCCAGGAGCAUCGAAGGAUCGCAAGUCACGCUCCAACUCCAAGGACACCAAGGACAAGAGGCGUUCGCGCUCGAGCUCCGACGUAUCCAAGGACAACUUCGAGAUCAGGAAGAAAGAAAACAGCGUCCAGAAGAAACGGCACUACAGGUCGACCAAGGACAGCUCGGACAGCGAGCCGGAGCAGGACAAGGGCAAGAGGAAGAAGUCGCCGUCUAAGUCACCGCGCCGCAACAGGAAGAGCAGGGAGAAGAGUCCGAGGCGCAAGAGGAGCGUGUCCAGGAAGAGGAGUCUCUCGAGGAAGAGGUCAACUAGCCGAAAGAGGAGUGUCUCUAGAAGACGUAGUCCCUCUCGAACCAAGAGGAGUCUCAGCCGACGAAGGAGGAGCAUCUCGCGAUCGCGGAGGAGCACCCCAAGGAGACAGAGCCCUCGCAGGAGACGCAGCUACAGCAGGAGGAGGAGCUUGAGCAGAAAUAGAAGAGGAAGGAGGAGCAGGAGCAGACGCAGUCCUAGUCGUAGGAGACGCAGCCCGAGCAGACGAAGAAGCAGCAGAGAUAGGAGGCUUAGACGCAGCAGAAGCCGCGACAGGAAUCACCGACGACUUUCGCGCGAGAGAAGACGUUCCAGGUCAAGGGAAAGAAGAUCGAGGUCGAGAAGAAGAUCCCGGGAAAGAGGCAGUCUGCGAAGGAAGUCGCCCAUCAGAGGAAAAUCCAGAGAGAGAAUCCGCAAACCCAGCCCUAGUCCUGCCGCUCGAAAUGAUCGUCGGGAUCAAAGAGACGAAUCACGAGGUUCGCGCCCGACGCCGCGACGACCCGAAGAAAAGAAAGAAGACUCCAUCAGACGCAUGGAGGAAACGAAGCGAAGCGACGAUCUCCACAAGCCGGAGAAGAAACUGGAGGAGAAGCGAAAAAUUAGUACGUCGGAUAGCCAGAAUGAAAGCGACUUCAAGUCUAAGGAUCGCAAGAAAUCAAAAUCUAGAAGCAUCAGUCCUGAGGAUAAUAAUCUUAUCCCGCCACACGGUCCACCUAGAUAUUCGCGCAGUUUAUCAAGGACACCUUCACCUUUCAUAAAAGCUAACGAAUUCCCGCCUAAAAAACAAACAGUUCCUGUGUCGACGAAGGACGAGAAGAAAAAACUGAAAGAAAAGGCUGACAUUAAGACAAAGAAGGUUACAAAGAAACCUUCAAAGAGUGAGACUGAUUCAAAUUCAAGUGAUUCAGACAGCGAGGGACAAAAGGAAAGAGAAAGGGAAAGGAAGAAGAUUAAGUCGAAGAAGAAGGCGAAGAAGCGCGAUUCGAGCUCCAGCGAUAGCGAAGUGGAGUAUUCGUCGAAGAAGAAGGACAAAGAGAGCAGUGCAGAAGUUGAACUAAAGAGUAAGAAAGGUAAGGAGAGUAAAAGAAGUAGACGAGACAGCAGCGAGGAAAAAAUACAAAAGAAGAGACAUCAGAGUUCCGAUUCGGAAGAAGACAAGAAAAAGAAAAAACGAGGUCGCUCUGAAAGCUCUGAAAAAGGUAGAAAAUCAAAGAAGGACGAUUCUAGCGACAGCGACGUCCCGAAAAGUCGAAGCAAAAAGAAGGUAGAGAGUUCAGAUGAUUCUGAAGUUGAGAAGGUUGAUAAAGAGAAAUCAAAGAAACAUAGACGGGACAGUUCGUCAGAUAGCGAGGAGGAAAUGAAGAAAAGAAAGCGUAAGAAGAAAGUCACGAAGUCAGCAAGCGACUCAGACGAAGAAGUAGAAUCAAAAAAACGCAAGAAAGAUAAAAGGCAUAAAAAGAAGAAGAAGCAUUCAAAGAAACACAAAAAACACAAGAAGAAGAAGGUAGAGAGUGAGGAUUCAGAUAAUAGUGACGUUGAGGUAGUUAACGAAGAUGAAAAAAAAUUGAGAGAGAAAGCUCUCAAAUCAAUGAAGAGGCAAAACUCUAGCGAUAAGUCGGAGUGACGUGUAUCAUAAACGUUUUUAUUUAGUUUGAAUGAUAAUAGGUAAUUAGCUUUUAUGAGUGACCUGUAUUUUUCUUUGUCAUUCAUUCCGUAUGUUGCUGUCUUAAUAAAGUUGAUAUGUAUGUGGACACAA